AUGAUGAGUGCCAAGAACCUCUCUCGGAUUGCCAAGAAGUGGCAGAGGGUGGCGGCUAUCAGGAGGAAGAGGCUCACCUGGUCGUUAUCAACGUCCACAGAAGAAGCCGGAGGGUCAUGCGGCAUGUCAUGCUCGUCGGUGGCCAGUAAGGGCCACUGCAUCAUGUACACUGCCGACGGCGUGAGGUUCGAAGUGCCGCUUGCGUUCCUUGGCACAACCGUCUUCAGUGAGCUCUUAAGGAUAUCCCAAGAGGAGUUCGGCUUCGCAGGCGUUGAUGGUGACAGAAUCACGCUUCCCUGCGAUGCAUCGGUGAUGGAGUACGCCAUGUGGUUGCUCAGGAGAAGCGCCUCCGCAGAGACGGAGGCCGCGUUCCUCAAUACCAUGGCGAUGCCAUGCCAUUAUCAUGUGGUGCCACAUCUGGAAGUUAGCCAGCAUUUCGGUGUCUGCAGCUCCUGA